GUAGAUUCCCCUCAACCGCCGCGACAGUUCCCUUCCUUCAUUUACGGCCUUUCACGACGUCCGAGGCUGCUUCUGCUGCUUAGAGCGACGGUUGUUUCUCUCGUUGCUUCGCGACGCUCUCUCUCCUGGAUUCGGCUUCGAAGCGAGGGCUACCUUUGGUAAAGUCUACACAUCAUGGACACGGAACAGAUCAUGGAGGCCCAGCCACAGGCUCCUGAAAAUCCUCAUGCAGAGUAUGGCCUAACAGAAAACGUAGAGCGAAUAGUGGAAAAUGAGAAAGCAAAUGCAGAGAAAACAUCAAAGCAGAAAGUAGAUCUUCAGUCAUUGCCUACACGUGCUUAUCUGGAUCAGACGGUAGUGCCUAUCUUACUACAAGGACUUGCGGUGCUUGCAAAGGAAAGACCACCAAAUCCUAUUGAAUAUCUGGCAGCAUAUCUUUUAAAAAAUAAGGCACAGUAUGAGGACCGAAAUUAAUUUCAUCCAAAGAGGACCAUCUGAUUGCUCAGCAUAUAUGUUAAAUAAACAUGAAUCAUUGACUGGUGUAUAAAUCUGACAAAACCAAAAUCCUAAUUUACACAUUUCUUAAACCUUUUCUUGUAUUAUUUAAAAAACAUACCUUGCGUUUUAUAUCCUUCCUUGUUUUAAGCUAGCAUUUAAACAAAAGCGUCCAAAAUAAAGUCAUGACAUUUCAA